ACCAGACGCUGGCGUGGGUGCCGACCGCACCCAAUAAUCCAGGCACUCGCCCCACCAAUCAGUCGCCACACCCACAAGUGUCACGUGCGCACAAGCAACAUCGUCGCUGGCGAACUAGUCGUGCGCGUACCCUCGUCUUGUACUUGUCGUUGCGGGACGAGUGUGCUCUUUCUUUUACGCCGAGGUAUUAAUAGAAGUGUUGGUGCGCGAUAAGAUAAACUUGACGAAUAGUCAGACUUGUUUGUUCGGAUUAUCGAAGCUUCGCUGCAAGCCUUCGUAAUACGUCGAUGUUAUCCAUAAUUAUGAUCUAGAUGAAGUUCUGACAAAAAGAUACUCCGGUCGUGCAUGUUGAAGAACUUGUCUCGUACAAUUCCGUGAACUCCAAGUGUCUGAUUAAAGAACGAACUGCACUCAAGAUGAAUUAAGUGCCAAUGGCAAAUUUAAUAAGGAACUUAUAGCAACAGCUUUUGGAAAACUAAUAGAAAAAGCAAGAAAGUUUUAAUGAAAUAUAUGUCCUCUUUUUUUCCAAAAAUUAAUAACGAAUUUGCUCGAAGAAAAUUUUCGUUUGAAAGCUUGAAGUUAUUCCACUUGACAGCCUUUAAGACAAGGACGUCUGGAUUUUCCAAAGAUAUGUCAUUCUUCCUUACUAUCAUGCCUUAGUAACCGUCAGGAAGAUAGUGGGCAUUCUUUUUCUUCCAACGCUUUCUUGAUAAAGAGACUCGCGAUCGCACGCACGAAAUAAAAAAGAAAAGAAGAAUCGAUAUGUUCUGAUGUACGGAGCGUUGCAUUCGCUGAAGUCGCGGGAGCACGGUAGAUAAUAGCGCGGCGAGUGUGAUUGCAUGCACGCGGAAAACGGUGGCAGUUAUGACUAAGAUGAGACUGGAGUUGUUGGGGUGCGAUGCUCAUCCUCUGGAAAGGAUGUACCGUUCGCAACGGCACGACGUCCUAACACCGCAGAGUAGCCCGGAAUCGCGGAGCGUUCGCCAGGAACAGCGCAGCAGCGCGGGCAGCGUUGGCUCUACGAUAUCGCAAGGCGAUAUAUAUCCGCUAGAUCAGCCCACUUUCGAGCUCGAUCAUCUGCCUCUGCAUAUCCCAACGAUCCUUCAUUCCACGAUACCAAAAUGCGGCGGAUGUCAGGAAGUUAUUUUGGAUAAAUACGUUCUAAGGGUCCUGGAGAGGUGUUGGCAUGCAAGGUGUCUCACGUGUCGGGACUGCGGUGCCAGAUUGACCGACAAAUGUUUCGCGAGAAACGGCCACGUGUUCUGCAAAGAUGACUUCUUCAAGUGUGGCAGGCGUUUCGGGACGAAAUGCGCGGGCUGCGGCCAAGGGUUGGCGCCUUCGCAGGUGGUACGAAGGGCGCAGGAGUUUGUCUACCACCUCACGUGUUUCUCGUGCGCUCUUUGCUCCCGGCAACUGGACACCGGCGAUGAAUUUUAUCUCAUGGAAGAUAGAAAACUCGUCUGCAAGCCUGAUUACGAACAGGCGAAGGCGAAAGAACUGGCAGAUGGAGGAAGUAUAGACGGUGAUCAACCUAAUAAGAGGCCGCGGACGACGAUCACGGCGAAGCAGCUUGAAACUCUCAAGCUGGCGUACAACACCAGUCCGAAACCGGCGAGGCACGUGCGAGAACAGCUGUCUCAGGACACAGGUCUCGACAUGCGCGUCGUUCAAGUCUGGUUCCAGAAUAGGAGGGCGAAAGAAAAGAGGCUGAAGAAAGAUGCUGGUAGGACGAGGUGGUCUCAAUAUUUUCGCAGUAUGAAAGGCGCCGGUGCGGGCGGUCACUCGCCUAGACACGAUAAGCUUCUUGACAAAGACGAGCUGAAGGUAGACUUGGACUCCACCUUCGGUCAUCACGACUUGAGUAAUGACAGCUACGGAACAGUGGUGAACAUGGGCCUGGACGGCGAGGGCGCGAGUCCAGGCGGCGGUGGCAACGGAGCCGGGGGUGGACCGCCCCGCGGGUACCUGGGUGCGACGACACCUCCGUAUCUCUCAACGUCCAGAUCACCGUCCUUACCACCCCAGUUCCCGUAUCCGCCGGACGCUGGUCUCUCGGUGUACACCACUCUCGGGGGACCAGGCGGCAUGGUGCCAGGACCAGCGUCGGAUCUGAGUAACGAGUCGAGCGGAGGCGGCGGUGGCGGCGGUGGCGGCGGCGGCGGCGGUGGUAGCGGCGGUGGCGGUGGUUACCCCGACUUCCCACCGUCGCCGGACUCCUGGCUCGGCGAACCGCCGCCCCCGCAUGCUCACCAUCAUUCUCAUUCCCAUUCCCAUUACGCCACAUAACCCGCCAAAACCGCGCGUCGCCAAAUACCGUAUAGAAUAACGUGCUGGCGGAGCGGGGCGUUCACCUGAGAUCGUCGAUGCCGGUCUCGUCGUCGUCGCCGUCGUCGUCUUCCCCGAAGACGUUUCUUCGAAUAAAAUAAUAAAUUUCGUAAAUUUCAGAAAGCGCUCUCUAAACCUAUUCGACAAGGCCUGAUUUUAUUUGACUGAAGACGUUCUAAAAUUUUCUUUGUGUGCAAGAUCUAAAAGCGAAAAACUAAUUUUUAUUUUUUAUUAAGA